UGUGUGUGUGUGUUCAAUAAAACAAAAACAUUGUCUAAAAUACCACAGAAAAUGACAUUUUAACCGAAACCUUAGAUUCAACAUGCCUAGAUUAACAGUAGUACAUAGUGGAGGAGUCUCCUUUAUAAACUAUCUGCGACCAACCGCAGUACCAGCAGUAGCAGAGCGCAGACUUUAAUUGGGUGAAUAGCGAAUAUUUCAAAACAAGUAUUACAUCAACGAAAAGUAGGCAGAAUGGAAAGUAAUAACUACUGUGUUGAUUUAAAUUUCUCUUGAUCUGUUUUGUGUUUUGGUGUUUCUAGACUGUUUUAAUGUCUGAAAAGUGCAUUUAACGUAUAAUGCCGAAAGUUCACAUGGCGAUGAACACAUUAGUAUGAAAGGCUGACGCAAGCGCAUAGCUCAUAGUAAGACCCCUUUCGGCAGGACAGUGAACACAGAAAUGUUUGCUCGCUGUGGCUACUGCCAUUGAACAAGCAACAUACUUACUAGGAUGUCAAAAAAACAGACAGAAUGACUUGACUGAUCAGGAAUACGAAAGUGAAAGUAAGAGAACAGCUAAAUGACCUUUACUCUGGAGGCCUUACUAGUUUUGCACAGCUACAAAAACAUCAAAAUAGAAAAACGUGUUAGACAGGUUUCUUUCAGUGAAGAAAAAUAAAUAAAUUAUAUUUGAUAGGUGGUUCUGUAUUGUUUUUUAAUAUAAUGAUGUACCUGUCUCCUAUAUAUUUUAAUUUAUUACAUUUUAUGCAAAAUAUACCAUAGACAAGGUUGCUAUCCUCUCAUGAUGGAUUUUUAAGACUGAAUAUGUAUUUUGUUUAUUUGGGAUUUAAUUUUUAUAUUUGCACUCUUUACAUGUGCUUUACAUAUUUCACUGUCCCUUAAUGUAUCCGUGACCCCUUUAUGUUUACUGUGGAUUAUCGGUGCUUUUUAAAAAAAAAAAUCUGAAUUAUGAAGAAUACGUAAAUGCUUCGUAAUUAUUUUUGAAAUGUUGGGUAAUAAUUUAGAAUAUGUAAUUAUAAUAAUGUAUUAAUGCUACUCUCUUAACCCUCUCUUCCCUUUUCGUAUAAUCAAGUAGUUCAUUAUUAACAGGUUUGUCAACUUUUCUCAAUUCUCUCUCAAUAAUUAGUUCUUUAUAUCCUCUUAAGAUUUCUUUUUAAUUCCUUUGUUUUUUUUAGUCAUUUUCCUCAGUACAGAUUAUGUUUAUCCUUAUACCCAUUCCUUUAGGAAUUGCUCCUUUAGUAUAGCUAGGAUGUGCAGAUGACAUGUAGGUACUGAUGCAUAUCAGUAGUUUUCAAGUAAAGAUCUGUUUUAAUAGACCCUUGAUCAGUUUAACCAAGGUGUCAGAUUUAAAUUUCAGAUUUUGUCCACCUUAAAUCCACCAAAAUGUUAGGGGGGGGGAUAUAAUUUGCUAAUUUCUGAAACUGUACAAGAGGUUUUUCUCCAUGUGACAUAUUCCAAAUAUAAAAUCCACAUAUCUGAUGUAUUCAAAUGGUUUCUUGUCUAGUUUACUCAAUUACAUUUCCUCCCGUUUGCCCAGAUAUGUGCUUGCAAAAUGCAAACCUCAUUCAGAGCCUAUUGCUGUGCCAUUGUUCUGUUUGUAACUUCUACUUCUAAAUGUAAAAUAACACUUUUCUACAACGAUCUUGAUCAUAUUUAAUAUUUUAUCAACUCUAUUUUCUAGCGUCUCUACAUGCUUCAUGUCUGGGAACACUGGGGUACAGGGAUUUUACUUCCAUGCAAAAUAAAUAAAAAGAAAAAGACACAUGGAUUUAAAGUUUUGCAUAACAACACUCUGUUAAACAAACAAAGACGGUUAGUCAACCCGCCAGCUGCAAUUAGUCAUCAGUAUAGGAUUAAACAAAACAGAACCAGAAAUCAGUUUCAGUUUCCAAUUACUCUCUGUAUGAGCUGAUCAGCUGACUGGGGAAUGACAUUCACAGCAAGACAAGAGUAUAAAUACAGCGAUGCAGAAACUGGGCGUUAGGAACUGAACAGCAGACCUGAAAAGCAGACCUAAACAGCGGACCUGAACAGUGGGAAGCGACUUCUGGCUGCUCGAUCACGAAUGUGUUAACAAGAAGAGGUGAAAAACUUCAGAUUCAUUCAUUAAAACACCCAGACACACACAGAGCUGACUGGACAGGAUGGCACAGAACGACUGGGUGCGCAUAUUCAGAGAGAAGAUUCAGGGACUGGGGCUCAGCGAUAGCUGGUGGAUUGAGUUUGAUAACAAUAUCAACAUUGCUCAACCAGGCUGGGAAAAUUACAUCCGCAAUACUUUUGCAAGGUUCCACUGCUCGCAGUGUCGCCACACCUGGGCGUCGGCGCAGGUUCCGGUCAUGUUCCACAUGAAGCUGGAUGCCUCACAGGGCAGCGGUAUCGUGAAGGUGCGCUGCUGCAAGCAGGAGUGCAAGAAGUGCCCCACGCCCAUCCUCGAGCAGCCACAGAUCAGCUCAGAUAACAUCACUGUCUUGAUGGACAAACUCAUGUUGAAGAUCCGCAAGAAGUGCUACAAGGAGAACGUGGAGGAGAACGCGACCGGAUUCAUCAUCGCUGGGAAGCUAGACGGGCCUCACGAGUCCAGGCACUGUGAGGGCUGCCAACUUGGCAUCUGCAGCCGCAGAGGGGACUCAAAUUCAUGAGUUAAAACUACAAGGUGGUCAAUAGAAACAUACCAUGCUGCUUUAUGACUCGCAUUAUAUAUUAAUGUUCAACAGUCUUUUUAUUUUAGAAACACAUGUAUGAAGUUCAUCUGCAAUGUUUCAUUGAACAGGUUCAUAUAAAAGCAGGGAAGAAACG